AAUUCUAUAAAUGACAGUUCGAGAAAUCGACGUACCCGGAAGUCAUAUUGAUUGAUUUACAGGAUUCUUAUUAUCCGGGUAUUUGGUUAGGCCACCCCUCGUUGUGUCUUAUCUCGCUGUAUGAAACGUUUAAUGCUCCAAACAUAUUACAUUGAAACAUUUCACAAUGGUCUGAGCAUAAAAUAACACAUGGAAGGGAUGAAGUUACGAGUGUGGUUGUAUCUUAGUGUGUGGGGUGCGUUGUGUGUUUGGACGGUGGUGGGGGCUAGCGGCGGAUUCACUUUACCCCCGGGGCCACCUUCUCCGGACUACAAAGCCGAUGACGUCAAAUACGAGGAUGGAGGAAUGGGGCCCCUGUACAACUUUGCCCGGAAGUUCAUCAACAUGUGUUUGUCCGACAUCAAAGAUGUUAUAGAAGUUAUUAAAGAUGCCAUCAAGGGCAAAAUCGGAAGCAACGUACAAGAUAUUCUUCAAAUGGUCCGUAGUAACUUCCUGGGCUUCUCUAUCUCCGUGGUGGUCGGUCUCCUUUUCAUCGUCAUCUUCCCAAUCGUCGGCUGCUGCUUCUGUUGCUGUAGAGUAGCCUGCAAGGCAUGCUGCGCUCAGCCUGACGAAGAGGACCCCAGUGUGUCCUGUAAAAAGGCCAUCUAUGGAACCAUUCUCUUCGUGAUUGUGGCAUUCACCGCAGCUGGAAACAUCUGUGUUUAUGUAUCAAACGACAGGAUUUCUUUGGCACUGACAGAAAUCGUGGACAACGUGGACAAAAACCUAGACGACAUAAAGCUAUUUAUGGAACACAGCUCCAAACAAGUGGAUUCCAUAAAAACCAAUUUCCAGACAGCUAAAACUGAACUCGAUAAACAUUUGGAUGCAACAAAAUUAUCAGGGGCUCUGCAGAAGAAAGCGAUCUCGUUGCUGACGGGGGGCGCUGUGAACCAUCUUCAAACAGAUAUCGAUGAUGUCCGUUCGACUGUUUCCAAUGUUAGCACAGCAAUGAGUGCUUUCUGGCCGGCCUGUCCACCAGCAGUGUGCCCAUCUCCUAUAUCAAUAAGCUUACCAACAAUUUCAAGUAUUGAUAUAUCAAAUCAGGCGACAACAAGUAUCAAAACAGGAAUAGAUGCAGCAUUGGGUACGACAACCAGUGCUAUAAAUGAUGCAAAAACUCAGCUGAAUGCAGCAGACACUAAAAUCAGUAAUCUGGUGGACAACACAAAAGAUGCCAUUCAGAAGGGGGAUGUAGUGAACAUUAAAGACACCAAAACAAUGGUGAAAAACCAAAAGGAUUUCAUCACACCUUACGAUAAAUAUAGGUGGUAUGCUGGAAUUGGUUGUGGGGGUAUUGUCUCCCUUAUUUUGGCUCUCUACUGUUGUGGGAUUUGCUGUGGUUGUUGCGGUGGGAGGUCUGUCAAUGAUCCCCUGGAAAAGGGCUGUGUAUCAAACUGUGCAGGCCGUCUGAUGAUUGGGUCUCUGGUUUUCAUUUUCGUGUUUUGUCCCUUGCUGAUGUUGAUAACGACUCUUAUGUACAUACCUGGAGCCAUUAUUGAGAGAUAUGUCUGUCAACCAUUCACCGAUCCUAACCUGGAAUUUCUGGAUGAGCUGAUGGAUAGUUUUGAAAUGAAUUUUGACAAUAUCGUCAAGCAUGAACCUGGUCAUGAGAUGUCCCUGAAGUCAUUCCUUGGCAAUUGCAAAAACAACAUGGCCAUUUAUAAAGCCUUGGAUUUGGAACACCUGACGUUGUUUUCAUUCAAGUUUUCAGACUUGGAAAAUGAAGUCCAGAAUAUCAUGACUCACAUGAACACAGGAAUGGGGAGUUUGCUUAAUGAUAAAACAGCCUUUGGUAGUGCCAAUCUACUACCACCCGCCCUAGUAACCGACUUGGAUAACUUAAAGAACACGAUGAGCACUCUUGACCUCACCAGUUUGAACAACUCUAUACCACAAAUGCAGGCCGCAAUUGCUGCAUUGAGUGCUCUAAAUCCAGGUUCACCGAGUAUUUCAACAAUGCAAACAUCUUUGAAUACCUUGAAUACUGCAAAAACGCAGCUCUCCAGGCUCAAAUCUGAUAUCCCGACUGCUGUAGACGAUGUUAAACAACAGUUAAAUGACGCCACCUCUAACAUGCAGUCUAAUGGCAUGACAAAUAUUGCUCAAUCGUUUGUCAAUGAUACUGUUAAUAUCAUUGAUGUAUAUUUCAAAGAUGUAAAAAGCAAGCUGCACAACGAAAUAGGACAAUGUCAGCCCCUGUGGAAUCUCUACAACUCCAUCAUCAAAAUAUCGCUUUGUCAGUACAUAGUGGACGCCUUUAACGGCUUCUGGUUUUCGAUUGGUUGGUGUAUUUUCUUCUUACUUCCGGGGGCGGUGGUUGGAACAAAACUCUCGAAUUUCCUCCGCGAUGUGAAGUAUGUGUACGACAACAACCAUGAUGCCGAGAGUGGAAAAUCAAAGCGUACUAAAAAGAACCAAGUUGGACACAGAGAUGAUGACGAUGAAUGAAUAUGGAAAGUUUUGAAGUUAUUAAGAUGUUUUUUUUA